AGAUAAUAGGACUAUCGCACGCUCUAGUGCUGUUCGUUGUUGGACUUGUGAUAAUUCAUCGGUUUCGACGUCCAAAACUUAACGAACCUCCGCUCGUACCUUACAAAUAUCCGUUUGUCGGACAUUCUUUUGAAUUUAAGCGAAAUCCUGAGGAGUUUAUCAAACAAUGUCAUAAGAAGUACGGGGAUAUCUUCUCGUUUUAUGCGUCUCGCCAAAUUUACACUGUUGUCAGCAAUGAUCUGGUCUAUGAACUGUUCCGGUCGUCUGAUUUUAGUUUCAGGAGCGUGUCUGACGUUGGUUCAACAAUCGCACAAGCAUUCAUCGUUAUUGCUUUGAGAUAUUUAUUCACUUCACUUGUUAAUCAGAGAUUCCCGUUUUACGACAUCAUUGGAUCAACCCUAUAUCCAGAUUUUACUGAUAACCUAUCCGCGAUGCUUAAAGAUAGUUUAUACGGACAUCUUGCCGAUUAUCAGACACGAAUCUACCGCGAGUUACGAAAUGGUAUAGAUCAGUUGAUCGGGGACUGUAAGGAAGCUAAAGUAAUUAACAAUCCUGAGUAUAUAAUAAGGAUUAUUAUCGCGCGGACAGUUGCAAAUGUGGUUGUUGGUGAGACGCUAUGUAGAGAUCCUGAAGUCGUGGAAACUUUUGCAACAUUUGCUACUGUGUUGGUGCAGAGUAGAAAGCUUUCCGACUUUGCGUAUUUUAUUCAUCCUAGUGUCCACAGAAAAUACGCGAAAUUAAUCUUCAACUGCGGUGACAACCCAGUACAAAAGCACAAGGAUCUUUUAAUAAGAAAAUUAAAGUUCGUUUUUGAGAAACAUCAUCAGCGAGACAGGCAACAGCACGGAAAUGAAUGGACAUGUGCUGUAAAUGAUCUUAUUGACAGAAUUAUCAACCAUUCCCUUGAAUUAUUUGGUCAAGUCCAAUAUGAUUAUAUAGCAUGCUAUUUGUUGAGUCUUAUAUUGGCUGGAAUACACACCGUGAGUGCAAAUGUAUUGAAUACUCUUAAUGAUUUUGCGGGAAGGCCGGAGUACUGGGAGGAUCUAAGAGAAGAGCAAGAAUUCAUUGCAGGUGAUGUUGAAUCUGAUUUGAGUGUAAGACAAGUGAACGAAAUGAAAAAGUUGGAUAGUUUCGUCAAGGAAUCCACUCGUCUUGUUGGGCAUGUUCUGGCUUUCUCCCACCGCGUGAUGAGCUCGUCGUACACAUUCAAAAAUGGAUAUCAGGUUCCCAAAGACCGCCUUGUAUUUGUGAACCAUCUCGCCUACAUGUCUGAUCCCUCUCUGCAUGGUGACAAUCCUGAGACAUUUUCUGGAUUUAGAUACGUUGAAAAGAUCCAUUUACCAAGGUUGAUAGCAAUGGCAAUUCUCAUCAGAAAGUAUGAGAUUAGCAGUCUUGAUGGGAAGCGACCAAAAAAUAUCAUAGGAUAUGGAGGUAUCAUAAUUGCUUCUGCGCCUUUGAAGUUUAAAAGCAGAGA